CCCACUCCCCCCUCCCCCGCCGUAACCUCGGAGGAGUAUGGGUAGAAAGCGAGGCUUCGCGGAAGCGCCGGCGGAUUCCAAGAUGGCGGCGGGGUGCUGUGGAGUGAAGAAGCAGAAACUGUCGAGUUGCUCGUCCUCUUCCACCUCGUCCAACAACUCCAACGAGAACCACUGCAAGGAAGUGAGCCGCUCCAACGGCUUCAGCGGCUGCCCCGGCGGCAGGAGCAUGGUGGUCAACUCGGAGAUGUGCUGCUUCUGCUUCGACGUCCUGUAUUGCCAUCUGUACGGAUAUCAGCCGCCCCGGAGCCCACGAUUCACCAACGACCCAUACCCAUUAUUUGUGACAUGGAAGAUUGGCCGUGAUAAGCGGUUGCGAGGAUGCAUAGGUACAUUUUCUGCCAUGAACUUGCAUUCAGGACUCAGGGAGUACACUCUUACCAGUGCCCUUAAAGACAGUCGCUUUCCUCCAAUGACGAGGGAAGAGUUACCACGACUUUUUUGCUCGGUGUCUCUUCUUACCAAUUUUGAAGAUGUUGGGGAUUAUUUAGAUUGGGAGGUGGGUGUACAUGGCAUUAGAAUAGAAUUCAUCAAUGAAAAAGGAUCAAAACGCACCGCCACAUACCUGCCGGAGGUUGCGAAGGAGCAAGGCUGGGACCAUAUUCAAACCAUAGAUUCCUUGUUACGAAAGGGUGGCUACAAAGCUCCCAUCUCUAAUGACUUCAGGAAGACCAUUAAACUGACCAGAUACCAUAGUGAAAAGAUGACACUGAGUUACUCAGAGUAUCUAGCUCACCGUCAGCAUCACCACUACCAGAAUGGCAUUGCACACCCUCUACCACCAUACAACCAUUAUUCCUGACAAUGACUUGCAUGACCAGUCACUUGAUCUUUCAGCAGACCUCUUCCCCGGGGACCCUUCCCCUUCCUGGUCUAGCUAUCUCUAUUACUGUACCAUUUUAUGAUGAUAGUUUCCGUUGCCAUAGUGACAUACAGCUGUUUCGUUUAUGUCAAUUUGGCAACGGGUGGAACAUUAUAUUUUUAUUCAGCACAGUUUUUUAAAAAAUUCCAAUGAAAUUGUCACUUUUGCUUUUUGCAUUCCCAAAUUUUCUUAAAUCUGUGGAUGAAUGGAAGGAGAGUUGAGAUUGUUUUGCGCUCCAAAUUCCAAGAACAGGAAUUUUCAGGGUUAUAUCUUUGUUCAAUUACAUUUCUUCAUUGAGCAGAUAAAAACUCUUUAGUUUUCUUUAAGGUUGAUUCAGAUGCUCUAAAUGAGUUUAAAAAUCAUUAUAACAUUACUGCUUUUGAUUUGCAUCAAAUUCCUUAAACUAAUCAUUUUAGUAUAAAUUUUUAAACUUCUCUUUUAUGUUUAAAAUGCAGCCUUCAAAUUGCAAUUACAAAACAUGCUGGUUAGUCCUAAGUGUAUGUGAGAGCAUCAGCUGCUUGUGCUCAGCUUUGCACUUUGGCUCUGUUAUAGUCAACAACGCCAAAUGUAUACACUGAGUACAACUGGAGGCCAGUAUUUAACUCCAGUGAUCAGAUUAUUUUCUCCCUAGCUAAAUAGGAAAGGGCUAAAUUGAAUUGCUGAAAUAUCGUAUUAUACUUAUGUAUACAUAGAGUGCUCAUGAUAAAAACUAUUCCUCGGAGCUAUCCAUGGUUGAAUAUCUAUUAGGUAUAUUUGCCAGAUAGCACAUAAUCAUAAGAUGCUUCACAUCGACCUACUUUUGAAUAUAAAUAUUCCUCAGUUGUAUUUUCCCUCGAAGGGAAAAGUUAACCAUUUUUAAUAUAUCAUCAUGCUGCUGCAGAAUUAUCUGAAUUUUUCCUUUAAAAAGGAAUUCUGAAUUGAAAUUUGAUUUAUGGUUUAAAAAGUGUGAUUAUGCAUUACUAUCAUAACAUUGUGAAAGCAUUCUUGAUUUUUGGGUCUCCAUUCUCUUGCUGUUUUAUUUCUCCCUCCAAGAAUGAGGGUAAAGUAUCAUGUGAUAGAUGUUUUUUUUAUUGAAUCAGUUUACCACCACCAGAGACCAUUUAUCCAUUUAUAUACAUGAGGUACUCCCUUUGGAGUAACUCCUAUUUUGUUAUUUUGAAUAGCUUCAAUUAAAUAUUAUAGAAUUUUGGAAUUCUCUUCUACUCAACAAAUCUAGAUGGACUCAUCUAAAAUAUCACUAAACUUCUUAAUUCUAUAUCAUUCUUUGUUCAUUGUGGCUUGGCAGCACAGCAUAGUAGUAAGCUUUCUCCUUUAAAACACAAUUUUACCACUCCGUUUCGACUGAAUCGCCAGAGAAACCAGAUUUUUCGGAUUGCUUCUAGGAAAGCAUAAACAUUGAUUUAGCCUUUUCCAAUCAUUAGCCAGGCUGUGACAAUUCUUUGGUUCUAGUACAUGUAGUCUUUGAGUAAAACAAACAUGGUUUGCGUUGAGUUUAAUUAUAGAUAAUUGACCUAACAUUUUCCUAUUCUCUACAUUCAGAUCUCCAAUGAUUGCAUUAGUCAGUGUGUACAUUAGCAAUUAUACUGUAAGGAGAGAAUUAAGACUAAGUGACUGGGCUGUCAUGGUGCUAUAACUCAGGGAAGCAUUAAAAUGCACAGUAUUUUAUGCAACCUGAGGCUGCCAACAUAUUUUGUAAACACAAUAUUUUGCUCAGGCACUUAUGGUCAGUGUUAGAGGUUUAUAUUAAGAUAAUUUAUUAAGUUAUUUCAAAUUUUCUGACUAAGGUGAACUUUUUGAAGAACCAGAUAUCUCCAGAUGCAAAAUAAAAGUAGGGUAUGUUUGUAAGACUUCCUAUUUUCUGCAUUCUUACUUUGGAUUUCCAGCUUUUGGACAAGUAGAUAUGAGUUAUUUUCAAUUCCUUUUCUCCAAAUAUAGGGCAGUUUUGAACAGGUUACAUGUAUAAAAUUUAACAACAUAGUAUUACUUUGCUAAGCCUUAUGUUUGUCUGCUCUCCUUUUAAGAAAAUAAAAAUUUGUAUCUCUUCAGGGAAAAAGGAUGCAGACAACUACCUAAAUUAAGUGUUUAGAUCUGGCAUAAACAGGAUUAUUACUGGUACCAAAGGACAUAUUUCUCUUGCCCUGAAAGAUUAGAUUAACUAUUUUUUUUGAGAUUUUCAUUAAAGCAUCAUUGAAACAAAUCAAAUUUGAGGAGCUGUAAGAAUUCAUAACACGUCUUUAAAUUUUUAGCCUUUAAUAUGACUUUUUUUUUAAGGUUCUUGUACUCCAGAAUUAUAUAUUUGAGCCUUAAAGUCAAAUAUGGCAUUCUUCUGAAGAUUUUUUAAGAUUUGGCUUUAUUGAUGAAGAUCAGCUAAGUUUCAAAGACUCUUUGUCAAAACUGUCUUCAUCUAAUUUCAGCUUUGAUAACAGAUGGAAUAAACCAUGAGUUAUGCCUUUGAGUAUUCCGGUGGGCAAUUUAAAGAAAGUUUCAGGCAUUAAAUGUUAGGGCUUUCAGACAGUGAAUGAAGUUUUGUUUUUAUGCUGUGAAAGAGGGCUCAGUAUGUUAAGUUGUCGUUUUCGUUGACUCCUUCCAUUAGUCACAAUGAAAGAAUUUUAAGGGUUGUGCAUCCACAGUAACACCAAAAGCAAUUGUUUAAAUUUCACUUGUGUUGCCUUAAUUUUGACACAAAUAGCACAAAACUGAACAAUCUUUUUGGCUGCCAAGUGGAACUUAGUUUACUGAAUUUCUACAAACAUCAUGUCUAUCAUCUCGGCAUGCUCAUCCUUUCCCUGAGCUCUCUACUAGUUUUGGGGGGAGGGGGGGAGAAAAAAUGGUGCUAUACGACGCUGAAUAGGUCACGUGACUGGUCAUGCUGACUCCGAGAUCAUAUCGGAAUAAUCUUGAUAUAUGCAGAUAUUAUACAAAACUUUAUUACCAGUGUAAUAAUGAUGAAAACAAAUAUAUAAAAUCCUGCAGCCUUGCAAGGACGAGGUCAGCAAUACUUCCCUGCAUGGCGUGGUGGAAUGGGACAUAUCUUGUCGUGUGUAGCUAUAGGAGCAUGACAGUAUGUUCAUGCUGGUCAAUUUUUUCCUUUGAGAAAAUGAAUAAACUGAAGCAUUAGAUAUUUAAUAUUUUUAUGGGGCUGUUACAUUAAAUGCCACCUCUUAAACGUUCACUUUUUAUAUACUGUUGUGCAGUAGAGGUUACAUCGUGUUGUCGUUCAGACUGAACCAAAGAUGCCUCCAGCCAUGAUCUAAUGCUGCUGUGAAUUAAACCUGCUUUCCAGUCCUUCAAGGUACUGCAGGAGAUUUUAAUUGUUUUUUUAUUUUUGUACAAUUUGUAACUGGUUUUGCUAGUAGUAUUGAUUCAAUUAAGUUUAAUUUGAAGAUUCUCACUGAGCACUGUUGAACAUUGAUGACUGGUAACUUUGCCAUGUGGUGGCUGUAUCGAAGAAGCCCACUUGUGUGCCUCUCAGACCUAAGGGUUUCUUUAAUCUGUAUCUUAGAGACCAGCAGGAAAUCUUUAUACAAAGAUGUGUUUAAUUAUUUUUGCCAUUGUUGUUUGAACUCUUGUUUCUUAAUUUUACUCUGGACCCAGUAACUACACUGGUUGUCAAUCGCACUGAGAGAGCGAGAGAGUUGUAUCAAACUUUUCUAACACAUGUAUGACAGUUUUUGUACAUUGAAGUCAAUUCUUUUCUGAAUUUUUGGAUCUAGUUUCUAAGUUAUUUUAGUGUUUUUUUUAUAUGUUAAAAACAAAAUGAGUUAACACUGUCACCAGCAGACUGAUUUACCUACUGAUGAUACAGUGAUGCUGGGAUAACAACUACCUGGUGUAGCUUGUACCCAAAAAUGUUUUCAUUGUUAGUAAUUGUUGAAUAAUGGCACCACAGUAUAUGUGAAGAACUCCCUUUCAUUAUGACUAGAUCCUCCACAUUUAAAAUUUUACAAUUACUAUUAGUGUUAUGAUUGUUGAAAUGGGCAUUUAUAGUAUGGUUGUAAGUCAGUGUGGGGGGGACUUUAUUAUAAAAUGAUCAGUGGGUCUGUGAGACAUGGAUUGUGGAACAAUGUAGUAGUUUUAACACUAUUGUUACAUUUUAAACCAUUUACAUUUUAAACCCAAUAAAAUAUUAAUAAGUAAUUGGUCUCAUUGGUACACAGAAUGAAAUGAGUGUUUCAUGUGCCUAAUGUAUACUAUACUAGUUUUGGACAGAUUCAAAAAAAAUCUCACAAUAUUGUGGGUUUAGAUGGUUAGUAAUGCAAUUUUUUGACUGAAUGGAGUUUAUUUUUAAAUGUUAUGCAAUGGGUGAUGGUGGAGGUAACAGGCACUGAAAUUAUUUCCACUCAAGUUGGGAGAGAUACCACUUCAAAAAGUAUGAACAGUACUAGUGGACUGAAUGGACUUCCAGUCAAGGGAGACUGUUUGCCAAUGCUCUGUGAAGGGGAACCACCUACAAUCAGAACAACCUGAAUUCCAGAAUCUACAGAAAUCUACAGUGAAUUUUUCUAAGCUGAAGAUUAUGUGAGGAGAGAGGGUGAAUCAAUAAGGAUAUUUAGUGAAAUAUGUGGGGCAUUUUCCCCACAAUGUUUUUUAUCAAUAAAAAUGCCAAUAAAAGCACAUACAU